AUGUUCCUGUUCUACGGCUCCCUCGAGCACGCGGCCAGGCAGGACCCCACGGAUCCUCCGGGCAAGCUCUGCAGAACCGAGGCGGGCUUCGGAAAGUCGUACCUCGGGGCCCUCAAUGUGCACAAGGGGGACGACAUCGCGGACCCUGAGAAGAUGAAGCGGUCCCUGAACGCGGAGCUGGCCUACGGCCGCCUGCCCAUGAUGGCCAUCAUCGGGAUGUUCUUCCACUUCCACUGGGUGCUGGGCUCCACGAUGCCUGGAAGGGGAUCCGCUCCGCCGGCUGUGCUGGUAGGCCGCUACUGA